CUCUAUCUUGAACAAAUUUAGGCGGCAUUUGGUUUGGAUUUUAAUCAGACAAAAGGUUGGGGACUUGAACUGCCGAACCUAACAAAUCCUUUCCAAUAAUGAAUGCAAACAAAUCGACGGCAGGUACGCUGCCACGUGCCUUUUUCUCUCAGCGAAGCCUAUCCUGUUUGCGUUUUGUUUUUGUUUGUUGAAGAUGGAAGAGGGGGAACUCCUUGGGUGUGUCCUCCUGCGCAACAGGGUUUCCGUCAUCUGAUUCGAUUUUUGUUAGCAGAGAGAAACAUAGAUUGAUUAAUUGAGAAAGAGAGAGGGAUCUUUCAUUUUCUCGGGAAAAUGGAGGAUUCUUUCUUCGACGUGGUUGAGUUUCUGAAGAAACCCUCGUUAACGGAGACAUUCGUCGACAUUUUGCUAUGCGCGGUUCCGAUUUGGCUGGCCGUGAUGAUCGGCCUGGUGAUCGGUUGGUCGUGGCGGCCGCGCUGGACGGGGCUCGUCUUCCUCGGCCUCCGCAGCAAGUUCAGAUUCCUCUGGACGGCGCCGCCGGGCUUCGGCGCCCGCCGCCUCUGGCUCGCCUUCACCGCCCUCUCCGCCUUCACCUAUUGGUUCAAUUUCAAAGGCAAGACCAAGGCCAAAACUCAAGAUCCCUCGCCUUCGCAAUCCGAUACUGCCGACUCCAACGCCAUCUCACUCACUGCUCGGUCCGGUGAUAUGGCUGAGGAGAGGGAGCAGGACACUGUUACACAGGCCGAUUUGGAACAUUUUCUUCAUCUUCUUGAAGGGAAGGAUGAAAUGAUGGACUGGCAGAGUUUUAUGGAAAGGUCAACACCAAACAUGCAAUACAAAGCUUGGCGUCACGAUCCUGAGACAGGUCCUACUGUUUACUGUAGUAGAACUGUCUUCGAUGAUGCAACUCCAGAGUUGGUGAGGGAUUUCUUCUGGGAUGAUGACUUUCGUCCUAAAUGGGAUGCUAUGCUUGCAUACUGCAAAGUAUUGGAGGAAUGCCCUCAUAAUGGGACAAUGAUUUCUCACUGGAUUAAAAAGUUCCCCUUUUUUUGUAGCGAUAGAGAAUACAUCAUUGCUCGAAGAAUAUGGCAAGCUGGAAACACAUACUAUUGUGUGACGAAGGGAGUACCCUAUCCAAGUUUGCCAAAACGGGAUAAGCCCAGACGUGUGGAGCUCUAUUUUUCUAGUUGGGUAAUCAAACCUGUGGAAUCUCGCAAAGGAGAUGGUCAGAUGUCUGCAUGUGAGGUUACCCUGCUACAUUAUGAAGACAUGGGGAUUCCCAAAGAUGUUGCGAAGUUGGGAGUCCGGCAUGGAAUGUGGGGAGCUGUCAAAAAAUUGCAUUCUGGAAUGAGAGCUUACCAGAAUGCUAGGAAAACAGAGGCUUCUUUAUCAAGAUGUGCAUUGAUGGCAAGUAAAACAACCAAGAUUUCUUCUGACACAAACAUGCAUUCCUCAGAGCCUGCGUCUGGCAUGGAAGAUAGGGUGCAAGCCAUGAGUAAUACCGCACAAAAGGGUAAUGGCAUAGACUGGAAGUGGGUGGCUGUAGGUGGCACUGUUGCUCUGGUUUUGGGUCUUCAUACUAGUGCUGUGGGGAGGGCGUUAUUGUUGGGAGCAGGGCACAGAAUUGCACGGAGGUGACUGAUCUAGGAUCUGCUUAAUGGGAAGGUCCACUUAUCACCGUUCGGAAUAUUCAUCAUAAAUAUAUUUAGACUAUCAUUUAUCAGUAUCGAAUGCUAAUUUUGCGGUUAUUAUUAUUAUAAAUAUUUUCUUUUUUUUUUUGUAUUAGUUACAGCCUGGUUAGAUUCAUCUCGCUCUUGCAUUUUAGAAUGCAAAGCUGCAAUCACUUGCCAUUUUUUUUCCAUAACCAACGAAAUCCUUUCAACGGCGCGUUGUUAUCAGAUUGUGGAGCGUAAUUUUAUAUUUUAGCAGGAUCAAUUGCAUGACUUAGUGCAUGUUUAUUUUUCGGUUGUAAACAGAUACUUGGAGCAAAAUGAAGUUUGCGAAAACAUUCAGUUCU